AGUAUAUCAUGAGCCUGUGUGGCACAUACCUCCACCCCUUACUAUUUUUAAAGAGUUAAGAGUACCGUAUUUACGGUUAAAUGAUAGUCGAUUGAUGCCAAUGAUAGGAUUGGGUACACACGGUAUCAGUGAUAAACAUGCCGUUUAUAAUGUGAUAGAGAAUGGGAUGGCCAGCGGAUACCGACACAUAGAUACGGCUCAUCUCUACAAAAAUGAAGAGUUUGUCGGAGAAAAAUUGAGAGAAAUAUUUAAACGAAAAGAUAAGUUUCGUUUGAAAAGAAGUGAUGUAUUUGUGACAACAAAACUGUGGAAUACCCGUCACAGUCGGUUCCAAGUUAUUGAAGGUCUUAUCGAAAGUAACCGAAAACUAAACAUCGAUUAUAUUGACUUAUUUCUCGUGCACUUCCCGAUGGGUUGGCAGGAGGGCGGGAAAGAUAUACCACUCGAUGCAAAUGGAUUGACCAUUGAUACAAACAUAUCGGUAGUGGACACGUGGAAAGGCAUGGAAGACGCUCUUAGAAUGGGAAUGGUUAGGAGUAUUGGUGUUUCAAACUUCAAUGUCGAUCAAUUGACUCGACUGGAAGUGUUCGCUAAAGUCAGACCUGUAGUCAAUUUGCUUGAGAUCAACCCAUACCUUACUGAGGACUGUUUGGUGCGUUUCUGUCAAAAAAGUGGUAUACAAGUGGCCGCUUAUAGUCCAUUGUCGCGGGGAAACCAAACCUUACUUCACGAGCCAGUGCUUAUCAAAAUGGCUCUCAAACACCACAAGACUGUCCCACAGAUAAUAUUCCGAUGGCUAAUACAAAGAGGAAUUGCUGUCAUAUCCACCACUAUUGAUAGUCAUCGUAUGCAUGAAUACAUGGAUAUCUUUGAUUUUAAAUUAAGUGAAAGUGAAAUGAAAAAAAUUAGUCGACUUAAUAAAAAUUGGCGCAAAACUGAUGUCCAAUAUUCAAGAUUUAAUGCCGAAUAUCCUUUCAGAAAGAUGUGUUACGACUAA